GAGUUUAGAUUUAAAAUAGCCAGCAGCCAUGACAAGAAAUGGGGAGUGAAGAGGUAUGGCAUACUGUAGACCCACAGAUUUGUAUGCAAUGAAGUAUUAGAAAUGGAACUGCAGUUUUCAAAAUAAAUGAGCAAGAAUUUACUUUAAAAAAAACAAAAAAGGUGAAAAUGCACCAUGGCAACGGUCCUCAGAAUGCUCAGCGUCAGCUCCAGAGGUCCAGAUCCUUCACAGGUAGUGAGGGAGAAGAGCAGCAGACAAACUUACCGCAAUCCCCUGCAACUUCAUUUGCUCCUUCUGCAAGCCCAUCUGCACCACAGUCCCCCGGUUACCAAAUACAGCAAUUUAUAAUGAGUAGAAGUCCAGUAGCUGGGCAGAAUGUGAACAUCACACUGCAGAAUGUUGGACCAGUAGCAUCAGGAAACCAACAGAUAACACUUACCCCUUUGCCAAUACCAAAUCCAACAUCACCAAAUUUUCAGUUUAGCCCUCAGCAAAGGAGGUUUGAGCAUGGAUCUCCAUCGUAUAUUCAAGUUACUUCACCAUUGCCCCAGCAGGUUCAGUCUCAAAGCCCUACGCAACCCAGUCCUGUACCAGUGCAGUCACUACCAAAUGUUCGGGCAGGCACUCCAGGUUCUGGCUUGGGUAUGUGCAGCCAGAGCCCUACUAGAGGAUUUGUAGAUGCUAGUUUGCUUGUGCGACAGAUCAGUCUGAGCCCUUCAAAUGGUGGACACUUUGUAUAUCAAGAAGGAUCUGGAAUUGCACAAAUUGCUCAAGGAACUACAGCACAGGUACAAAUUCCAUCUUCUGGGGCACCAGCAACUGUACGAGAACGCAGGCUUUCACAACCUCAUUCACAGACUGGUGGCACCAUUCAUCAUCUUGGACCUCAAAGUCCUGUAGCUAGUGGAGCAAAUAUGCAACCUUUGACUAGCCCAGGUCAUAUUACAACUACUAACUUGCCACCGCAAAUCAGCAAUAUUAUUCAAGGGCAGCUCAUGCAGCAGCAAGCACUUCAAGGGCAGCAGUUGAGCAGACCCAUAGGAUUUGAUAGGGCUUCUGGUGGAUUAAUAGCUGGAGUUGGAGGACCACCUGCUUUUGGAAUGACAUCACCACCCCCUCCUACAAGCCCUUCACGAGCCACUAUACCACAGGGUCUGUCUAAUCUUCCUCUUACUCCUACGGUAAGUACAGGAGUGAAAAAACAACCUAAAAAAUUGGAGGAGAUUCCACCUGCCACCCAAGAAGCUGCUCAGAUGAGAAAGCAGUGUUUGGAUCAUCACCACAAACAGAUGGAGAUUCUGAGGGAGACUUUUAAGGAAUAUUUGAUUGAACUAUUUUUCUUGCAACAUCUUCAAGGGAAUAUGAUGGACUUCUUAGCUUUUAAGAAGAAACACUGUGUUCCAUUACAAGCAUACCUUAGGCAAAAUGACUUGGACCUUGAGGAGGAGGAAGACGAAGAACAAUCUGAGGUUAUCAAUGAUGAGGUAAAGGUUGUGACAGGAAAGGAUGGGCAGACUGGUACUCCUGUUGCUAUAGCAACCCAGCUUCCUCCAAAUGUUUCUGCUGCUUUUUCAUCCCAGCAGCAACCGUUUCAGCAAACGCACACAGGGACUCCAGUAACGGGGACUGUGAAUACCAUAGAAAUUGAAGCUUUUAAGAGACAGCAAGCACUUACUCCAGCAGAUUCGUCUAAGAGACCACGAAUUGAAGUGGGCCGUCAUGGGAUGGUUUUUCAGCAUCCAGGUGUGGCUUCAGGAGUUCCUCUACAACAGCUAAUGCCAACGGCACAAGGUGGAAUGCCUCCAACUCCUCAAGCAGUACAGCUCACUGGACAGAAACAAAGCCAGCAACAGUAUGACCCAUCCAAAGGUCCUCCUGUGCAGAAUGCAGCAAGUUUACACACUCCUCCACCUCAACUGCCGGGAAGGCUGCAACCUGCUAAUGUCCCCAUAACGUCUCUCCCCGCUGCAUUGCAGCUUUCACAGCAACAGCCACAGAUAGUAGAGUCUCCAGCCCAGCCCCAGAUUCAGGUGAAGACCCAGCCCCAAAGUGUACCCAUCACUUCUGCUCCACAUAGCCAGCUCCCAACACCACUUCAACAGCAGGUACAGCCAGCACUCCAUAUACAAGGACAGACACCAACACAAGUGUCCCAGCCGCAAGCUGCAAUACAGCAACAGACUGUGACGCUGACACGACCAUCUGCAGAUGCUGCCCAAACUUCUCAGCGUCUUACAGCAAAUUCAUUGCCACCUACCUCCUCUAUUCCACCAGCAGCUCUCUCAGGCACAGCACCGCUUUCUUCGUAUCCAGUACAGACAAACAGAACCUCUCCAGCAACUAACAAAUCACUGUCUCCUAUUGCAUCAAAACCCCCAGGCUUAGCCGUAACUACAGCACCUAAAACACAGAGCCCAGCUCAGAAUGCAGCAGUGUUACCGCAGGAUAGCUCUCAAGACAAGCUUGCUGAGCAAGUAAAACUGGAAAAUCAAAUCCAUCAACGAAUAGCAGAGCUGAGGAAGGAAGGCUUGUGGUCCCUGAGACGAUUGCCGAAACUCCAGGAGGCCCCGAGACCCAAAUCUCACUGGGAUUAUCUACUAGAAGAAAUGCAAUGGAUGGCAACUGAUUUUGCUCAAGAGAGAAGGUGGAAGAUGGUUACUGCUAAGAAGAUGGUGAGAACUGUGGCUCGCUACCAUGAGGAAAAGAAACUUAAUGAAGAGACAGCCAGAAAAGAGGAACAAAACAAGUUAAGGCGCAUUGCUGCCUCGAUUGCUAGAGAAAUAGAAUACUUCUGGUCAAAUAUUGAACAGGUUGUUGAAAUAAAACUGCAAAUUGAAUUUCAAGAGAAAAGGAAAAAAGCAUUGAAUUUAAGGAAAAUUUCAAAUAAAGGGAAAGAUACAAAACCUACAGAACACAUUUCAUUGGAAAAAGAAAGUGAGGUGGGUUCACUGUCAUCUGGAAGGAAAAGAAAGGCAAGCACAUCCUUGACUGAUGAGGAAGUUGAAGAUGAAGAGGAGACAAUUGAAGAGCAGGAGGCUAAAGAAGGAAAUAUAAACCAUCAAACCGAACUUUCUAACUUAGCCAAAGAAGCUGAAUUGCCUUUGGAUGACUUAGUAAAGAUGUAUGAAGGUGCCUUUUCAGAGAAUUUUCACUGGUCCCAGCCUAAACCUGACAACAAAGAGGACACUAGUGAAGAAGAAUUGGAAGACCGUACAAGAGACCAGGAAAGCCUUCAGAAGGACGUGGUACUCAUAGAUUCACUUCUCAGCAUUGAUCAACAUAAGAGUGUAGAGAGAACAAAUGCUGCAAAGAAACACACAAAAGACAUAACAGAAGUUGCUGCAGCUGCUGAAGCCCUGUUACCUAAAGGGAGUGCUCGUAUCUUGACCGCGGUAAAAUAUAAUACUCCAUCUUUAUUGUAUGGGACUCUCAGAGAGUAUCAGAAGAUUGGGCUGGACUGGUUAGCAAAGCUAUAUAAAAAGAAUCUGAAUGGUAUUCUGGCAGAUGAGGCUGGGCUUGGCAAAACUGUGCAAGUCAUUGCCUUUUUUGCACACCUGGCUAGUAAUGAAGGUAAUUGGGGUCCUCAUCUUGUUGUUGUACGAAGUUGUAACAUACUGAAGUGGGAGCUUGAAUUGAAACGUUGGUGCCCUGGAUUGAAAAUUCUUCUGUACUUUGGCAGUCAAAGAGAACUUAGAGCAAAGAGACAGGAAUGGAUGGAACCCAACAGCUUUAAUGUAUGUAUCACUUCGUACAAGCAACUGUUUAAAGGCAAUCAUGCCUUCAUGAAAAUGCGAUGGAAGUACCUAGUCGUAGAUGAAAUGCAGCAAAUUAAAAACAUGACUGAGAAGCACUGGGAGGCACUCUUCAAUCUCCGAAGCCAGCAUCGUUUGCUCCUGAUAGACACACCUUUGCAUAAUACUUUGAUGGAGUUGUGGACCAUGGUGCAUUUUCUAAUUCCAGGAAUUUCCAGAUCUUAUCUGGAUUUCCCAGUGAAGGCAGCCAAUGAGGAGAAUCAGGAUUAUUGCCAUAAACUUGUUAUAAGAUUACACAGAAUGAUUCAACCAUUUAUUUUGCGAAGAUCAAAGAGAGAUGUUGAAAAGCAACUAACAAAAAAAUAUGAACAUGUGCUAAAGUGUCGCCUUUCUAAUCGACAAAAGGCUAUGUAUGAAGAUGUCAUAUUGCAGCCAGGAACCCAGGACGCUCUUAAAAGUGGACAUUUUGUCAGUGUCCUUUACGUUCUGAUGCAGCUGCAAAGGAUUUGUAAUCACCCUGACCUGAUAAAUCCCAGGCUUUCCAGCUCCUCGUAUGUAUCAGAGGCACUAGAAUAUGGAACUGCUUCUUUGGUACUAAAAGCACUAGAACGGGAUCUUUGGGAGGAUACAGACAUGUGUCUUUUUGAUCUGAUUGGGGUAGAAAAUAAAAUGACUCACUACGAAGCACAAGUGCUGCCAAAACAAAAGGUGACCAGAAAGCUUAUUGAAGAGAUUUACAGCUCCCCUCAUCAUCCAGCCAGACCCAACCCUGUGAAGCUCAAACCAAGCAGGUUGUUUCAGCCAGUUCAGUAUGGGCAGAAGCCUGAGGGCAGGACUGUAGUUUUUCCAAGUACUCAAGUGCAGCGGACAGUGACCACAGCAACAGUAACUCAGCAGGGACAAGUGCGAGGAAGAUCACCCAUUGCUACAGUAUCUGCGAAUCAAGCUGCAGCAGCACAGUUUCAGACAACUCAGGCUUCUACCAGUGCUCCAAGACACCAGCCAGCAGCGACCUUCACCACAGCAACUAGCACAGCCAAUCCUGUGAAACAGCGGGGUCAGACCACUGCACAGGCCUCACAGCUAGGCCAGACCCAGCCACAGGCCCCCUCGCACACCAUCCAACAAAGUGUGCUGCCUCAGAGGCUGGUACUGACCUCUCAGGCCCAGGCACGGUUGCCUAGUGGUGAGGUAGUAAAAAUAGCCCACCUGGCCUCCAUAGCAUCAGCACAAGGCAGAAUCGCACAGCCAGAGACACCUGUAACACUGCAGUUUCAAGGGAAUAAAUUUACUUUAUCACACAGCCAACUCCGCCAGCUGACGGCAGGGCAGCCUCUGCAGCUGCAAGGAAGUGUUCUUCAGAUUGUUUCGGCUCCAGGCCAGCAGUACUUGCGGCCUCAGGGCCCAGUUGUCAUGCAGACAGUCUCUCAAGCAGGAACUGUUCAAAAUGCUCUGAAUGCUUUGGGAAACCAGCACCAAGCAGGUGUGCCAACUUCUACAGCAGUAACGCAGCAAGUUUGUAUUCCAGGUAGAGCUGCAGUUACUAACUUAACAUCAGGUGACACGGGGCCAACAUUAAAACCUGCACCUACCCAUGGUGGACAAUCACAGGAAUCAUUUGAAGAAAAGAACAGGCUUCUGAAGGAGCGCCUUGACAGAAUAUUUUCUGGCAAUGAGCGCCGUUGUUCCAGAGCUCCAGUGUAUGGCAGAGACUUGUUGGGAAUUUGCUCUUUGAUUGGUGAAAGAAAGGUCCCGCAACACUGUUCCGCUGGGGACAACAAAUGGAGGUGGGCUGGCUUUGUGAACUGUUACCUUUCUUUGAGUGCCUCUGAAGGCCCAAGUAAUCCACUGCAAGACUUGAUCCUGACAUCAGAUCAGCAGCAGGAAUCCCUAAAGGAUGUUGUUAAUAGGACUCGCUGUGUGUUACCAGCUGCAGUUGCUGCUCCCCCAUGUUUGUAUGUAGCAAAACCUCCCCCUUCAUAUAAUCAUAAGAUGAAAGUCUUCAAGCACAAUCUUAAGGAGAAGGCAACUCCAUAUUUACAUCAGCUGCACCAGAUUACAACUCCACGCUUACUACAGUUCCCUGACCUCCGACUGGUGCAGUAUGAUUCAGGAAAGUUGGAAGCUCUUGCUGUCUUGCUUCAGAAGCUGAAAGCCGAAGGACGCCGUGUGUUGAUUUUGUCACAGAUGAUUCUAAUGUUAGAUAUACUGGAGCUGUUCUUGAACUUCCAUUUUCUCACAUUUGUCAGAAUUGAUGAAUAUGCUAACCAUGAACAACGUCAGGAACUGAUGAAAAGUUUCAACAGAGACAAGCGCAUUUUCUGUGCCAUCCUUUCCUCUCACAGUCGUUCCACAGGUGUCAAUCUUGUGGAGGCAGACACUGUCGUAUUCUAUGACAAUGAUUUAAACCCAGUGAUGGAUGCAAAGGCUCAGGAAUGGUGCGACAGAAUUGGGAGAUGCAAAGACAUCCACAUAUACAGGCUUGUAAGUGGUAAUUCUGUGGAAGAGAAGCUUCUGAAAAAUGGCACUAAGGAUUUGAUCCGAGAAGUAGCUGCUCAGGGAAAUGACUAUUCCAUGGCCUUUUUAACACAGCAAACUAUCCAGGAGCUGUUUGAGGUUCAUUCUCCUAUGGAGGAUUCUGGUUUUAGAGUGAAAGCAGAGGAAUUUGUGGUACUUUCUCAGGAGCCCUCUCCAGCAGAAACAAUCUCACCCAAGGUUGCAAGACCUUUUAUAGAGGCUCUCAACAGCAUUGAACAAGAAGAUGAAGAGCCAAACAAAUGUGUACAAGAAGCAGGAGCAGAAUCAAGCAUAGAACCUUUAAUUUCAGAGCUGUAUGAGCCAAAGUACAAUGAAGAGCCCUCGCAGUUGCAGGAGUUAGUUGCUGUUGUGGAUCAGCUUACUCCAAUUGAGAAGUAUGCUUUGAAUUAUUUGGAGCUCUUCCAUGUUUCCAUUGAUGAGAGUAAAACAAGAAUAAAUGAGGUGGAAUUGAAAGCUGCAAAAAAAGCAUGGGAAUUUUAUCACAUGAAGGAACUGAAAGAAAAGGAGGAAAAAAUGCUUUGGGAAGAAGAAGAGGAGGAGGAGCUACUUACCUACACUCGGGAGGAUGCAUACAACAAGGAAUAUGUCUAUGAAGGCCCAGAUGGACAAACAGAAAUAAUGCCUCUUUGGACUCCCCCUACCCCACCUCAGGACGACAAUGACAUCUACAUCGAUUCUGUUAUGUGUCUGAUGUAUGAUACCAACCCAAUUCCAGAGUCUAAGUUGCCCCCAGUGUACGUCAGGAAAGAGCGUAAACGACACAAAACGGAUCCAUCUGCUGCAGGUAGAAAGAAGAAGCAGCGCCAUGGAGAGGCUGUUAUUCCUCCUCGAUCACUUUUUGACCGAGCCACUCCGGGGAUGUUGAAAAUGCGACGAGAGGGCAAAGAACAGAAGAAGAACAUACUGUUAAAACAGCAAACACAAUUUGCAAAGCCUUUGCCAACUCUUGUCAAACCAGCUGCUGAGGCUGGACAGGACAAUCCUGAGUGGUUGAUUAGUGAAGACUGGGCGCUACUACAGGCAGUGAAGCAAUUACUGGAACUUCCUUUAAACCUUGCUGUCAUGUCACCGGCGCACACACCCAAUUGGGAUCUUGUUAGUGAUGUUGUUAACUCAUGUAGCCGAGUCUAUCGCUCACCAAAACAAUGCCGAAACCGAUAUGAAAAUGUCAUUAUUCCAAGAGAAGAAGGAAAACUAAUGUACGAAGCUAAUCCUAAAAAGAAGACAAAAAGCAUUUAUAAGACCAAAAAUAGUCGUCCGCUUCGUACCAAUCAGAUCUAUGCCCAAGAUGAAGGUGCAACCCACACUCAGCUUUAUACUAACCAUUUUGAGAUGAUGAAAAUGAUAGCAGGAAAGAGAAGUCCACCAAUCAAACCCCUACUUGGCAUGAAUCCUUUCCAGAAGAAUCCAAAGCAUGCUUCUGUGCUUGCAGAAAGUGGAAUCAACUAUGAUAAGCCACUUCCUCCAAUUCAGGUUGCAUCCCUCCGAGCAGAGCGUAUUGCUAAAGAGAAAAAGGCUUUGGCUGAACAGCAGAGGGCACAGCAGCAGACAGGCCCACAGCCUCAGCAGCAACAGCAAGCUGGCCAGCAGCAAACUCAGCAAUCAGCUGUACAGCAAGCACAAGCUCAGCCUCAACCACAGACUCAAGCACAGGUAGUUCAGCAGCCACAGGCAGUGGUACAGACUGCAGUAACUACUGUGGCCAACACAGCAGUAUUGGCUGGCACAAUCAAAACAGCAGUCACUGGGACAAGUAUACAGACUGCUACUGUGAGUGGGAAUGUUAUAGUGAAUACAGUUGCUGGAGUCCCUGCUGCUACCUUUCAGCCUAUUAAUAAACGUCUGGCUUCACCAGUUAUACCUGGGACACUGACAACUUCAGGAGGUGGUACUUCUGCUCAGGUGGUACAUACUCAGCAGCGAACGGCAGCAGCACCUGCUGCAUCAACAGAAUUGGUGACCAUAGCAUCUACCCAGGGUGUUCGAGCAGUAACAUCUGUGACAGCAUCAGCCGUGGUAACGACCAACCUAACACCAGUACAGACCCAGGCGAGAUCCCUAGUGACUCAAGUUACGCCAGCUACACCAACAGUUCAACUCUCUAGCAAAACAAUCACACCUGCUCAAUUACAGCUUCUCAGGCAGCAGCAGCAGCAGCAGGCCACUCAGGUGCAGGUUCCACAGAUUCCGACCCAGGUGCAAGCCCAGUCUCCAGCCCAAAUAAAAACUGUAGGGAAGUUAUCACAGGAGCAGCUGAUCAAGUUGCAGAAGCAGAAAUUGCAGCUUCCUCAGCAGCAAGCAACACAGCAGCAGACACAGCCAGGGGCCCAACAACAGACAACACAAGUACAAGUGCAACAGCAGCAGCAAGCCCAACAACUUACUGCUGUCACAGCACCACGGCCUGGAGCAGUACUUACAGGCACCACUGUGACAAACCUGCAGGUUGCUCGUCUUACUCGUGUUCCUGCUUCCCAGCUUCAAGCACAAGGACAAAUCCAGGCGCAAACACCUCAGGCAGCACAAGUUACUUUGGCAAAGCCUCCAGUGGUGUCUGUUCCAGCUGCUGUUGUGUCAUCUGCAGGAGUUACAACUCUCCCUGUUACGGUUGCUGGGAUUAGCGUUGCUAUUGGGCAGCCACAGAAAGCAGCAGGAGGACAGACAGUGGUGGCACAGCCACUGCAUGUCCAACAGCUGCUAAAACUCAAGCAUCAUCCAACAGCACAGCAACAGAAAGCCAUCCAGCCCCAGGUCGCACAAGGUCAAGCUACUGUACAGCAAAAGAUAAAUGCUCAAGUUACUGUCCAAACCCCACCGCCGACUUCACAGCAACAGAAAGUUACCUACAGUACACAGCCAGCCCUUAAAACCCAAUACAUGGCAACUCCAAUUUCCCAGGCCCAAAAACCCAGUGGAACCCAGCAAGUGCAAGCACAGAUACAGGUUGCAAAGCUUCCACAGGUGGUCCAGCAACAGGCGACUGUUGCCAAUAUUCAGCAGAUGGUUUCAGUUUCCCAACAGGUUCAGGCUCAGCCCCAAACUGUGACACUGUCUCAGACGACUGCAGGUCAACAACAGGUCCAAGUGAUUCCAGCAACAACUGCUACAGCUCAAGUGGUCCAGCAGAAACUUAUACAGCAGCAAGUUGUGACAACGGCAUCUCCCCAAAUUCAGGCCCCAGGUGUACAGAACCCAGCCCAGGCACCAGCAACGUCUGAAGCCCAAAACCAGCAAGCAAAAGUGCAAAUGAGGACACCUACUGUCAGAUUGAAGGCACCCACCAAACCUAGUUGAACUAAUGAUUAAAUUGAAAUAAGCCUGGACAUACCGCAUUUCAUGUUUGCUAAGCCAUGGCAAUGCGGGCAGGUUCUCUGCAGAUCCCCAUCCAAAUGAAGAUAAAUUCCUUUCAUUUUUUAACAGAAGGAUUUUGGCGGUUGACAUUUAACAUGGAAACUCUCUCUCUCUCUCAAAACCCCCCCCAAAAAACACACUUCAGAAAAUGCUCAUAAAGUUCAUACAAGGCGCAUUCUGCCCCAGCAUAAAGAUCUUAUUUUCUGUGCUUGUUCAAACCAUACAAUGCAAAUGUUAUUUACAUUUAAUUUCUGUCCAGCUUUAUAAAAAAUGGUGAUAUCCCUUAAAUGUUGGUAAAAUUCAUCCAUGUAAUAUAUUGUAUAACUGCCAAUAAGAAUAUGCAGUCCUCUGCUGUAAUGUGUAUGAGCGUUUAAUAUCCAUUGCAAAGCCAUACCAAGAACUAAGUGUGACUAGUGUAGCAGAGUGCUUUCCGCCUGGCUGUGAAAGCUGCAUGUGGUUCUCACUUGAGGUGAUCAUCCCUCAGAAGAAUCAAUUAUAUUUGACGUUCUCCUGCAGAGUUUAGCCAAUAAAUGUGAAAAUUUGUAAGUAUCUGUAAUUAAAAAGAAAAGAACCAUGUUUCAUCCUCCAUUUUUGUAAGUCUUUUAAAAUGUUUGUUAGUAGUUUUGUGUACAGUUUAUUGAAGCACCCAACCUGUGCGCUCACUCUCAUACUUCACUUUAAAAUAAUGGAUAUUCUAGGCAUGUGCUGAAUACUGUAUUGAUAGUAGAUGUGUAUUAAAGUGUACCCCAUUUUUUGUAAAAGAAUUGUUUAAUUGGUAUCUCUAAACAAAUGGUCCUUAGUUGUUUCCAAAUCGGAAAAUCGUGAACAGAUGGAGUUUAAUACAUCAGUUUAAUUCUGCUUUUGCAACAUGUUUAAAUGUUCAGUACUUUCUACUCAUCUUUCAGCUUGGGGGAGUGGGGAACAGAAAAUUUAAAUCUAAGACUAAUUCUUCAAUUGUGUAAAGAAUAAGAUCUAACUUUUGUACUAUUCUUUUACUAAAGCUAAUGAUGAAUGUAUCUUCAGGUUGGUAUUUUGGAUGCCUCUUCCUCCACAUCAGUUUGCCUUAUUGUUGUCAAACAAACGAGGAAAAAGCUGCAUAGAACUGGGGGGGGGGGGGGGGGGGGAAAUGCUGCAAAAGCCUGUUUGACAGCACUAGGAGAGGGUUCAGAAAGCUCUUGGAUGAAUAGAUUUAUUUUACUUUGGCCACAAAACCGCAUGAAACAGACAUGAAAUUCAAUGAAAAUGGUAAUAUACCAUUUCCGAAAAUUGCUUUUUUUUUUAAACAAAGAUUCCCCCCCCCCCCAUUCUGUAAUCUUUUCAAUAUUUUAGGAGGGGAGUCUAAUUAAAGAAAAAGCAUAUGUGUAUCUUUUGUUCUGAUUUCUAUAGAUAUAGAGUUAUUGGUAUCAAACAGUAGCACAAAUGGCUUAAAUAAGUGAAUUCAUAAGGAGCUCCUCUGUUUUAAGUAGGAAAUGUCUCAUUCAGUUAAGAUCCAGAAUAUAAACACAGGGGUCAGGCAGAGUUCUUGAUUUUUUAUUUUUUUUUAAAUCUCAUUACUACUUUUCUCCUGCAUCUUACUAUUUUUCCUGGACCCUCAGGUUGUAGUUUUUUGUUUUGUUUUGACCAAGUUUGUACAUGAGCAAACUAGUGAACAAUUUUUAGAUGAGCCUAGGGCCAUUAGCUAAUCUCUAUUAGCAGCUCUGCAACACAGACUAAUAAAGCUGGCAGUGGAAUCCUUAAAAUGCGGGGACAACUGGAUAACUGACAGCAGGUACAGUAUAUUUUGCUCAUCUAAAAGUACUGCCUAGAAGUUGUAAGCCCCAGUUUUACUUUCAAGUGUUCAGCUCUUAUGUACUUGAAAGUUGAGUGGGAGGGGGAACACUUGCAACAGUGGGGGGAAAACUGCUGACUAUCAAUGUGCUGGUCUGAUUCAGUGUCUAAAGAGGCAAUUUUGUUUUUAUUGUUAAGGUCAGUUAAUGAAGAUGAAAAUCAGAUUUUUUUUUUGUCACUCUCCCACGGUGUUAGAAAGUCAAUCUACCUGUAAAUACUUUAUGAACAUAAAUAUUUGUACUUGAUCAGUAGGAUUGUAAGGAAUAGUGAUGUAUCCUACGUGAAGGUGUAAUAAAAUGUACAUUUUUAUAACA